CGGCGCCUGGUGCGCAUGCGCGUCCGGGCAAAGCCUAGCAAGCAGGCAAGCAGUCUCUCCCUAAUGUAAGAUGGUGGCCGGUCUGUCGGCGGCGGAGCAGCGCGCAGAGCCAAGAGAUUACCCGUCUCUCACAUAAAAAAAGGAAGAAGAGGGAAGAAGGAGGAGGAGCUGCUCCCAGAGAGAGAGCGAGAGAGAGGAAAGAAGGAAGGAAGAAAAGAAGAUAGCCAGCCGGCAGCAGAGAGCGCGCGCCGCCGCCCCCGCCGCCGUGGAGCAGGGACGACGAGGCCGAUCUGCAAGUGUCUCCUUAGUUUUCUCUGCUGACCUUCCUCCUCCCUUAAGUUAUUAUAUAUUUUUUUGCUGCUGUGUGAAAACAGAGAUGUCUCGCAGCCCAGAUGUGAAGGAAGACCCUGUGGAAUGCCCCCUUUGCAUGGAGCCGCUGGAGAUUGAUGACAUAAAUUUCUUCCCUUGCACCUGUGGUUACCAGAUCUGUCGCUUCUGUUGGCAUCGUAUUCGCACAGACGAGAAUGGGCUUUGCCCUGCUUGUAGAAAGCCAUAUCCAGAAGAUCCAGCAGUGUAUAAACCACUCUCCCAAGAAGAGCUGCAAAGGAUAAAAAAUGAAAAGAAGCAGAAACAAAAUGAGAGAAAACAGAAGAUAUCAGAGAAUCGUAAACAUCUGGCCAGUGUACGGGUAGUACAGAAGAAUCUUGUCUUUGUAGUAGGCUUAUCCCAGCGCCUAGCAGAUCCAGAGGUUUUGAAAAGGCCAGAGUAUUUUGGGAAAUUUGGUAAAAUACACAAAGUUGUAAUCAACAACAGCACAUCAUACGCAGGCUCACAGGGGCCAAGUGCAAGUGCAUAUGUAACCUACAUCCGGUCAGAAGAUGCACUCAGAGCCAUACAGUGUGUCAAUAAUGUAGUAGUAGAUGGAAGAACACUUAAGGCAUCUUUAGGUACCACAAAAUACUGCAGUUACUUUCUGAAGAAUAUGCAGUGUCCAAAACCAGACUGUAUGUAUCUACACGAACUAGGGGAUGAAGCCGCCAGUUUUACAAAAGAAGAAAUGCAGGCUGGCAAGCAUCAGGAAUAUGAACAGAAGUUACUACAAGAACUAUAUAAGUUAAAUCCCAACUUCCUCCAGUUGUCUACAAAUGCAGUUGACAAGAACAAGAACAAAGUGACUUCACUACAGAGACCCAACAGUAAUAACAAAGAUGCCUGGCCAUCAUUACUGAGUUCAAGUAAAUCAGUCAACGGCUUAACAAUGGAACACAGGAAAACGCCUCCUAUUUUAGAAAAUGGCACAGACUCAGAACAUAUGACUCCAGAUGGUCCAGAUUCAGAUUUCGGCCCUGUCGACAAACCUUCAGAUUCUCUUAGUAUAGGAAACUGUGACAAUUCACAACAGAUAUCAAAUAGUGACACACCUUCACCACCACCAGGCUUAUCAAAAUCAAAUUCAGUCAUCCCCAUCAGUUCGUCAAAUCAUAGUGCACGAUCUCCCUUUGAAGGAGCUAUCACAGAAUCUCAGUCCCUUUUUUCUGACAACUUCCGGCAUCCCAAUCCAAUUCCAAGUGGACUCCCCCCGUUUCCCAGUUCCCCACAGACAUCCAAUGACUGGCCCAUGGCACCAGAGCCACAGAGCCUCUUCACGUCAGAAACCAUCCCAGUAUCCUCCUCUACAGACUGGCAAGCGGCGUUUGGAUUUGGUUCAUCCAAACAGCAAGAAGAUGACUUGGGGUUUGAUCCCUUUGAUAUCACCCGCAAAGCCUUAGCAGACCUGAUCGAGAAGGAACUGUCAGUCCAAGACCAGCCUUCCCUCUCGCCCACGUCUCUCCAAAACCCUUCCCCACACACUACAACCGCCAAAGGGUCAGGCUCUGGAUUUCUGCAUCCUGCUGCACCCGCAAAUGCCAACUCUCUCAAUAGCACAUUUUCAGUUUUGCCACAGAGGUUCCCACAAUUUCAACAGCAUCGAGCAGUUUACAACUCCUUCAGUUUUCCAGGCCAAGCAGCUCGCUAUCCAUGGAUGGCCUUCCCACGCAAUAACAUCAUGCACUUGAACCACACAGCAAAUCCCCCUUCAAAUAGUAAUUUCUUGGACUUGAACCUCCCACCACCACAUGGCACAGGUCUAGGAGGGAUCCCUAUAGCAGGUUUAUGGGCCAGUCUUCUUCAGCACAGACCAGCUUAGACCAUAGUGAAGCUGAAGAAAAAUGGCAAUGGCAUUUCAAAGAAGUGGACUAUCUUUUGAAGGAUAGAAUGCCAGCAAUUAUUCCACAUGGUCAUCUGAAAUGGAAAAAAAAAAUCUGUUAAAAGACAAUUUGUGGCCCGUAAUGGAGAAGACAGUGAUGAAGAAUUGAGGGCAGAUCAGCACGCAAAGGCUUCUAUCAUAUUGGCAAAACGUGGCUGAUAAGGACUUCACCCUUGAUUAUGUGUCUGCAAGGCUCUUAAAUCAGGAAAAAAGACUAAAUUUUGAGUCAUCCUGCAAAGAAGAUCAGCGUGUUGAAAUGCCAGGAAAGGCUAAUGAAGCUGUGAGUAGCCAAGAAUACACAUGGGUGUUCAAUGUGAGAAAAUGUUUUGGGUGUGGAGCUGUGAAUUGCAUAAUUAAAGAUUGCCCCAGGAAUAAGAACAGAAGAAAAGGAGACCACCAAGGCUACUGAAGGCAACAAGAAAGGAACGACCACCACACUGCAUUUACUGUGCUGAGGGAAGGAGAUGCCAGAAGUGAAAAGAAAUGGCUUCUUGACUCAGCUUGUUCUGAACAUAUAGUAAAUUCUAUGGAGUUGUUUGAUGAAAGGAAGACCAGAACUGGUAAUAUUGCUCUGGCAAAUGGUGCUCAUGUAAAGUGUAACUGAGUUGGUAAAGUGUACAUUCCUUGUUUUAAGGAAAAAUGUGAACAAUGUUCUAUGUGUACCAGAACUGAAAUUUUGUUUAUUGAAUGCAGCUAGGUUAACCCAAGAUGGGUACAAAGUUGAGUUUAAAUGCACAAGGGUGCGAGUGUAUUUAAAUGACCAAGUAUACACAGAGGGUGAAGUAAUGAGAACUUAUAUGUUAUGUUGAACAAAUGGAAAAAAGAAAAUGUGUUAAAUGUUUCUAAUACUAAAAUGUCCCAAUACAUGAUAAUUAUGUUCAUUAUUUACAUAGGGUAAUAGGACACGGUAGUUUUCAAAAUAUUUUUAAAAACAUGCAGAAGUGGCAGAUCUUAAUUUAAAGUGCUGCAAGAAAUUCCUAGACUUUUUGGUGUGUUCUAGGAUUAAAAUAAAAACAUGCCCUAUACCAAAAGUUUAGCAAGAUAAUGUCUGAAGGUGAUAAGACAUGACUGUGGAGACAAGGGAACAACAGAGAUGCCGGCUUCUGGGUUUUUUUUUUUUUGGGGGGGGGGGGUUAGCCCUGUGACUACUGGACAUAAGAAAGAUGGAACAUUGCCCAGUAUUUCAACAGGAAUUGUUGGAGGAGAUCUCACUUGAGUUAAGAAACCUGGUUGCAUGAUAAAAAUAGAUAAGAUAGAAUAUACAGUAGAGUCUCACUCUAAACGGGCCAGCAGAAGCUUGGAUAAGUGAAUAUCUUGGAUAAUAAGGAGGGAUUAAGGAAAAGCCUAUUAAACAUCAAAUUAGGUUUUGAUUUUACAAAUUAAACACCAAAACAUCAUGUUAUACAACAAAUUUGACAGAAAAAGUAGUUCAAUACGCAGUAAUGUUAUGUUGUAAUUACUGUAUUUACGAAUUUAGUACCAAAAUAUCACGAUGUAUUGAAAACAUUGACUACAAAAAUGGCUUGGAUAAUCCAGAAGCUUGGAUAAGUGAGGCUUGGAUAAGUGAGACUCUAUUGUAAGUGAAUUAAAUUUUGUAUGAUGACAUUAUUACUUUUAAAAUGUAUUAAAUACCUUUGAAUUAAUACUUCUAAUGGACUAUGAUAUGAGAAAAUGUGAUUAGAGAUAAAGAAAUGGAUGUAGUGAUACUUUAUAAAAUAUAAUAUACUUACAGAUUUUAGUAGAACAUUUAGUGGUAUAUGGUGAUAUUAAAAUGGUUUGAUUUGCAAAGAGGGAAAAUUUAACAGUAUUUAAUGAACCAGGCUGAAUACCACUAAGAAAAAAGGGAAAUGAUAUAUAACCUCCUGGGGAGGAAUAAGAAAAAAAGGAUAAGAAGAAUGUGAUUUUGGUUUUGAAAAAUAGCAAGAUUUAGGGCACUGGAAGGAGAGAGUAUUUGGAUUUGUACUUAAAUUUGGAACAAUUGUAUUUUUAUAUAGCCACCAAAAAGGGGAAUGGAAAUCAUAUUUUACCUCCAUGUUAUAUCUUUAUAUCUCUUACACUGGGUCUGCUGUACCCUCAGGGAUCCAGUUCCAGAAUACAUCCACAUGAGAAUUUGAAAAAAAAAAAACAUGGAUGAUCAUACCCCAUAUUAUUAAAUGGCAGGGACAUACACUUCAAUAUGUCCAUGUUUGUAUUACUGCCAUUUAAUAAUAUGGACCAUGAUUAUAAUUGGUUGGUUGAAAUUACGGGUUUAGAGGAUCUUCUGUACUACUUCUUUCUUUUUUGUAUUUUUCUUUUUUUAAGGUUUUCAUCUAUUUUUAUAAUUUGAAAUAUUUUUAAAGGAUACAUGACCAUCAUUCUUGUGAAGCAUGUUAGCAGAAAAUAAUAUUACUCCACCCUUAUUAUUAGAAGGUAAUUUAAUUAUAACAAUCCAAAGAAUUUUAUACUUACAUGAAUUUAAUGAAUUUUAAGACGAAGCCAACAUUCAAAUGCAAUUAAUUUAUUAUCUACAUAUUCUAAACAUUUAAAUAGCUUAAUUGAUUCAGCUGUUGAUAGGAGAUGUCUGAAGGAGAGAUGAAAGGAGAUUCUUUUUAUGACAGAUAGGAAACUGCAGAGAGUGACAUGGAAAAAAAUUCAAGUAUUUAACAAGGCAAUUUUAAGCACAUUUUUAAAAUAUUGCAAAUUUUAGCCUUGGAAAAUAGUCAGAAAGUGGUGUAGUAUAACAUAGAAAAUAAGGAUAUUAGAGCAGCAACAGUGAUUUAAAAAAUACCACCUAAAGGGGCUAAAAUUCCUGUGCUUGACAUGUUCAAAUGAUUAAUUAAUUUAGUAUAGGAGUGGUGGAGUAUCAGGAAAAUACAAAUAGUCCCAAUUUCUUUUGACACUUGCAUGCUGAUUUUAAAAAAAACCACAAGAAUUUACCUCCAUGUAGUGCAUUAAGUUCAUUUCAGAAUAUUUGGAUGAGGAACUUGUUUUAAAUUGUUAGCUUACUUUGCCUGUGUUUCUGCUGAACUGGGUGUUGGGAAUGGAAGAGCCGUUAAGCUCUAAUCACCCUCUUUAUGAGAUAAAUUCCCAUUAAAAUAGCAAAGAAUUGCAGCAGCAUGAGACUUACGCAGGUGUGAGUUUGGAAGGCCUCUGUGUCAUCAGGAAGGCAAAAGGGAUGCUUAGUUAGCUUUAAAGUUUAAAAGCAUGUAUUGAGGUAAAAACAAAUUCAUUGAUGGAUAGAAAAGGUUUGGAACUAACUGGCUAAUCUAUCCUGUUCUAAUACACAUAGACAGAUUAAAAUAACAAAGCUCUAGAUAAGCUACAUCUUGACUAAUAGAGGACAGACCUCUGUCCUCUAUGGAACAAAGCAGGAAGCUGGAAUGGCGGUCAGCCUUGUGGGUCGCUUCUUCUCUAGGGCCAUAAACAUUCCAAAGGACCAAAUUGGGGAAGUUACGUCAAAGCCCUAGGAGAGAUCACAUUUCUAGGAACAUCAAAAGGUGGGCUGACCUGAAUAGGAUGGGAAGCAGGAAACAAUGGUGAAUCCUAUCUAGGCAUGCUUUGGAAACGGGGAAAGGAUUCCCUCAAUCUAACUCUAUCAUCUAUCUGACUACAUUUAGACUUGAGUAGUCCAGGAUGAAUCCCAAUACUGGGCACUUAAAGUUUUUGUUUGUUUCAAAGUAGUUCGCAGAUCAUUUAUAGUAGAAGAAACCCAGAUGUCCAGAGCAAUAUAGGGAUAGCAAUUGUUUAUGCUCCACAUUGAAUGAUGAAUAUGCUUUUUAAUAAUGUAUUUUAAAGUUUUGCAUCUGAAGAAUUGAACCUAGGGAUUUGUUUUGCUGUAGGCUGCUGAUAAAAAUUACAAUAAAGCAUCCUGUAUGUCAA